AAAACUACAUACUGCUCCUUUAAACCACCCAACGUUCCUGAGGAUUUCAAACCAUCCUGUGGCGCUUGCCGGCGCCCCAAAGUGGAGUCAGGGACCAACAAUUGUCCCAUGAAUCUUAAAGAUGUCGUCAUUUUGCUCUUCAUCCUCUCACAUCUCGCAGCCCACACCGAGUCUCCACCCGGGGGAUCCGUGAGACGAGCCGCCCGGCAGCUUGAGGCUCGGUCGGAGAUGCCGCUGUGACUGGUCUGUACAGAAGUCAGUGAGAGUUUCACAAGUCCGGUAGGUGGCAGUGAAUGUUCUCAGGUAGGCAGGGCAGGUUGUGUGUGUGUGUGUGUGCGCGCGCCUGUGUGCGGGGGGGCGUGUGUUGCUCUUCCACAAACGCUCCCAUGUUGCGUAGCGUGGGAGACCUGAAGGUGGAGAGAGCUGAAGGUGGAGAGAGCUGAAGGUGGAGGAGCAGCCUGAGCAGAGAGUUGACGGGAGCCGCGGCGGAUCAACCAAAGUGCCUCCGGCCGCGCAACGAGACUGGCGACGCGCUCCGACAGCGGUCUGCUGGCCGCGGCUGACCCGAGGAUCCGCGCUCGGCACCGACACACACACACUCGGGCUCCGCUGGCAGGGAAGCUGGAACCAAACUACAGUCGGUGACUUGAGAGCGAUGCACUGGCAGCAUGGCCAAGUGGUUCAAGGAGCACCUAGGAUUCAAAACUACCAAAGCACCCCCUCCGGCGCCUCCGAAACCGGACUACAGACACUGUCACACCGGUGUGCCCGGCACGCCUGGCUACCAGCAAGCGAGCUCCGGGGCCACUUUCCCGAGCCCGGCUCAGCCGGACAUCCUCGCUGCCUACAAACUACAAAAGGAGCUGGACUUCGAGGACCCGUACACUCCAGGUGGAAAUAUUUCGUUCGGCUCGAGCUUGAACACUGUGGGGUCGCCGGAUAUCAAGUAUGUGUCCCCGAAACACCGACUCAUCAAGGUGGAAACAAUCGAAAAGAGCAGCCCGGCUCCGGGCGGCGGCGUCACGGUCACACAGGCUGUUGCCGUGGGGAGCGUGAAGUCUCCGACCUCCCCUCCGUCGGACCACGACAACAAGGAGAAGCUCAUUAUCCUUGAAGACUACGCGGACCCCUUUGAUGCCGAGCAGGCCGGCGGUGGCGGCGGCGUCACUCAGACCAGCACGGAGAAAGUGACGACCGAGAACGAUGGCUACAUGGAGCCAUACGAGGCCCAGAAGAUGAUGGCAGAAAUACGAUCCAGCGGAAGAGCACCCAAGGAGGGAUCGGUGAGGCAGCUGCCCCUGUACGACACGCCGUACGAGCCGGCCGAGAACGGCGGGGACUCGGACCCCGAGCGCCUGCGCUGCCCCCGAGAGAGCCGGCUGCCUCAGGAUGACGAGCGACCCCCUGAGGAGUAUGACCAGCCCUGGGAGUGGAAGAAGGAGAGGAUUUCCAAAGCCUUUGCAGCUCUGCUUUGUUAUGACUGCAUUAGCUACGAGGGCUCUGUAAGUGACACUGGAUCAGGUCCCCACGGAGGAAAGGACUGCACCUCUAAAUCUCUCACAGUAGAGAUUAAAGUGAUCAAGGACCUACCGUGGCCCCCUCCUGUCGGGCAGCUCAACACCAGCCCUCCCGUGGUGGAGGAGCCUGAGUCUCCCUCCCAGACAGCUCAGCCCUCGCCGGGACAGACGAGCUGUGACCAGCACCACCAUGUCCAGUUUGAUGGUGUGGAGAAGUCUCGGAUGUCCCCGACCAAGGAGGGGAAAACCCGCCCGCUUCAGCGGCACUCCAGUGGAUGUCUGGUCAACACCAAAAUGACCUCACUGGACCACUGCAGCUCCUCUCUCGGGGAGCGCAUUGACCCCACCAUGCCCCUAGAAAGCCAGUUCUGGUACCACGGAGCGAUCAGCCGGACAGAUGCAGAGUCUCUGCUCAGGCUGUGCAAGGAGGCGAGCUACCUGGUGAGAAACAGCGAGACCAGCAAGAACGACUACUCCCUCUCCCUCAAGAGCAGCCAGGGCUUCAUGCACAUGAAGCUGUCGCGGACGAAGGAGAACAAGUACAUCCUGGGCCAGAACAGUUGCCCUUUUGACAGCGUGCCUGAGAUCAUCCAUUACUACUCCAGCCGCAAGCUGCCAAUCAAAGGUGCUGAACACAUGUCCCUGCUCUACCCUGUAGCCAUCAGGACACUAUAGUGCUCCGGGUCACCUGCAGACGUCGGCCCCCUGCAGCACUCGCCGGGCCACCCUGAGGCCCCCCACGCUCCCUGUCCGUCUGGACAGAGCCCAGUAGACUCAUGGGAAGAUGAACGGUGGCGUCCAAAAAACUGCUGAUCCCGUCUCACCUCACUGGCCGACAGAUUCCAGACCUGUUGCGAAGGCCUACUGCAUACUUAGACAUACAGACUCAAUGUUGCAGAAAUCUUGAUUAUUUUAUUUUAUUUUAUUUUAUUUAUGACUCACACCCACUUCACUCCAUCACAGACUGACUAUCUGAUGAUCAUUUCAUUGAUAUCUUGAGCAGAUUCCCCUUAGCACUUAACAGUCAAAGAAAAAAAGAAAGGUACAACAUUGUGACAUACGUCGCUUCUCUCUUUAAAUGUUGUACCUUUUUUCCUUCACGGUGCACGUCAUGAAAACUGUGCAGGAACACGCUUCGCUCAUUUGGUUAAGGCUCUGCUGUUACUGUAAUUGUUUGCAAGGGGAACUUGAAGAUUGUAGGAGCCGUGUGAGGGAAGAGACAUUUAUGAGGCAUGCUGAGGGAUAUUGUCCAUGUGGGCCCCGUUCAGUCGCCGGGAUAUUGAAUAAACCGGCCUUGUAUGAAUGGUGUGUCCCCAGCUGCGCAGAAAUAACAGGCCUGUGAACAGCGCAGACUGAUCUCUCUAUCUUGUCAUAGCGCAUGCUGUCUGCUAUCCAUCACUGAGCGGUCGUAUCAAACCAAUGACAGUGUAAGUAGCGUGGUGGUGAGACAGGCAGGAAAGCAUGAUGGAUGGGUCAACCUAUCCGACACAGCACAAUUGGCUGAGGCUGGAGACCAGAGCCUGUCCAAAUGGACCAAAUUAGCCCCCGCUGCUCCUGCUUAGAGAGGCUUUGCAUCGGGAGAAUGAAAUACGCCUGCAUUGUCUACCUCAGAAAAAUCAAUUUCAUUCGCCCAUCUGCAGAUCGAUAGGUACAAUGGAAUUGCAGACAUCGAUCCGCCCUCCCUUUGACAUUCCCGAUCCUCUUAAAAAUUGCAUCAUUGUUUUUUAGGAAUAUGAUUUUUGAAUACAGUUAAUCCAAGAUUCUUUUUAAUGAAAACAGAAGCAUUUUUCCAGAUCAGCAAUUGUAUGUAUUGUGACUAAUAUGAUACUGUGUGAUGUCAGUAAGAAAAUGUUUGGUUAAUGCCUUAUAAUGCAUGGGUUCAAAUCUGUCCGCUAGAUCAGCCGAUUUCCAAUUCCGCUUUUAACGAUUGUUCUGUGACUGUAAUUUAUUCUGGGGUGAUUAUUACUGAUGUGUUACUCCUCCGUGAUGGCCCGUCGGGCUCUCCCUUCGCCCUCAUCGUUCUGUGCCGAUGUGAUCGUGUUUUUUCGGGACUACUCCAGCCUCUUUUUAGUGUGGUGCUUUGCUUUCUUUCUUUCUUUUUUUUUUUGGGCUUUCUAAAUGCACGUUUGCCUCGGUGGCCUGACUUCCGGGGCGGGAGUCACGGCGUCUCCUGACCCAGCAGGGGAUCGUGAAGCCUCACGUGAGAGACGAUCGCAUAUCCCCCCCCUGCCCCGGACCAAUCACGGCGCAGCCUGUUUGACCUGGAUAAACACCUACAUGUACCUUCAGCCUGAUUCCACUUUGCAUUCAAAUCUCUCUGUCAUCUACCCUUUACUACCAGAUGUGCAUACGUGUGUGUGUGAGUGAGUACGCAUGUGUGCAGCCUGUUCAUGUGUACAGUGUGUGUGUGUGACUAUGUGUGCACAUGUGUGUUUUCUUACCCGUGCUGGUACAAACUGGUGACGGCCCUCGCUUGAACCUCUUUGGGUGUCAGCGCCUUUUUUUUUUUUUUUUUUUUUUUUUAAAUUUAAAUGUUUUUUUUGUUUGUUUUUUUUUCUUAUUUCUCCCUUGAAUUCAAGAAAGAAGAAUCCAGCCUCGUGACUCGCGAAUUCUCAUUUUCUUUCUUGCAUUCACUCGUCGAACCACAUUGGAUUUUAGCAGCUCAUACGAAUGAUGCUCUCUGUGGUUUAAUAUAACGGACCCAAUAACAUUCGCGCCGACAGCAUCUAAUAUCGCUGACCAAUUACAGCAAGAAGAAGAAGCAGUAUCCACGCCGUGAGCUGGUGCUAAUGAGAGCGCCUAAUGCGCGUAUGAUCAGACUGCCACUUCACAGGAAACUUUGUCAGUCUUAUGAGAGGCCAAAUUGUGUGGUUUAAUGAGCAAAUCCAAGCAAAACAAAAUGGAGAUUUACGGGGGGGCUUUUUUUCGUCCAAGCUGAAAGUGACUGACACUAGGAAUUAAACGAGCAGAACCGCUCAAUAUACAAAGUCAAACAUGGUUUGGUUUUGACUAUAUCUCUCCGCCGAGUGCUAUGCAACUAUGAACUGCAGUCAUUGAAGGGGAAAUGAUUGUGUGCCUCCACCAAAUGUUGGUGACAAAUGCGAUGGUACAAAAAAAGACGUCUACCGGUAAGAGAUGUGAUCAGCAGAAUGACCUGAUUAGUAUUCAGAAAGUGGGAUGUAUACAGAUGUUUUAUUUUGCCGGGGGGCGGUAAGGGAGCAGACGGACGUCGCUGUCGUACGCGGGACGCCUGUUCCUCGUGAUAAGGCGACCUCUGCAGCUUUAUUAGGGGAAACAGCAUGUUGUCGAAAGUGGACCUAUGUAUUUCCUUGAGAGAAGAUAUCCUAAGAAGAGAUGCAAGUGAAAAAUUAACUAUUAUGUGUGAUGUAUGUUCAGAAUGUUCCCUGUCGAAGAGAUCAAAUGUUGACAGUAGAGGCUCUUGUAUUUGGUUGCUGCUGCUGCUGACGGGUGUUGCUCUGCCACAGGAGAGAGCCUGCGUGUGAUGGCCACACUGCCUAGAGAGAGUGGCCUUAGCUCUGGGGAAAGGGAAAAAUGAGAAUAAGGAGGGGGAGGGUGUUCUGACAGGGUGAGGGGGGGGUUCGCUUGCAAUCAGCAGACACACUCCCCGCGUUCGUAUAUUACUAUUACCUUUAACCUGAAAGAGCCCUUCUCCGCCCUCAGAAGUGUCUUAAAGAGUGUGCGUGUGUGUGUGUGUACGCAAAUAUUGUGCAAGCAUGAAACAGUGUUUGUGUGUGUGGUUGUGAGUGUGUGUGUGUGUGUGUGUGUGUGUGUGUGUGUGUGUGUGCGUGCGUGCGUGUGCGUGAACUGGUGUAAGCAACCAUCAGCCAUCGACUUGCCCCGUGUGUAUCUUGUGUAUCACUUUACUUGUGGUAAAGUGGCAUGUGUGAGUUUUCCUUUUCGUGUACAUUUUCGUGCCACGUAUGUAUGCACUACUAUAACAUAUCUCUGUACAGUCCCUCAUGGCCAAAUGUAUAUACUGAAUGUAUUGUAUGGGGACAUAGAGGCAUCAAGGUUCAAAAUAAAUAAAAAAUUGGGUUUAUGA